UGAUUUUUCUUUUUUUCUGCUGCUGUUGCAUCCCUGCAUCUGCUUGGGGCCAUUCUUUCUCUGUUUCUUCCAUACCACACCCCCAAAGUGCAGCAGCCUAAGUUCCAACGUUGAAACCAUGGAGGACGGUAAAGGUGCUAGCCCGAUGGUUAGCUAUGUUAGGGCUGAGAUCAAUGUCAAAUAUGCCGAUAUCUUAUUGCUCGCCUGUUGUUUCUGUUCGGGGUUGCUGGACAGCACCAUGUACAAUGCCUACAACACUUUCGUUUCCAUGCAAACGGGAAACACCAUUUUCGUGGGUUUGGGUGCCUCGAAGCAGGAUAGCCGACCGUACGACUGGGCGCGAUCCUUGACGGCCAUCGGCUGUUAUGCGAUCGGCAGCUUCAUCUUCUCCCGCAUCAACAACUUUCUCGGUCCCAAACGGCGCGGCACUCUGGUCGCCUGUUUUCUGCUGCAGGUCGUGCUUGUCAUCAUCGCAGCUGCCCUCUCUCAAAGCCAUGUCAUCGCCGGUGACCUAGCCGACGCCCACUCCUCCACCUACAUCACCCACUGGAGCCAAGAGGCCGUCAUCGUCCUGCUCAGUAUGCAGUCCGCGGGCCAGACCGUCGCCAGUCGUGUGCUGGGCUACAACGAAGUGCCGACCGUGGUGAUCACCAGUUUGCUGUGCGAUCUGAUGAUGGAUCCCAAGCUGUUCCUGCUGCGCAAUGAGAAGCGCGACCGUCGUGUCAUCGCCUUCAUCCUUACCCUGUUGGGCGCCAUUGCCGGUGGAGGCAUCAGCAAAGCCACGGGCAACAUCUGGGCAGCUCUGUGGAUCAUCGGAGGUCUCAAGUUCUUCAUGGCCGUUGCGUUGUCCUUCUGGCACGUCAUAUAAAUAAAUAGUUAGCUUCCUUCUUUUUUGUUCUUCUCCCACUUGG